AUGUCGAAGAGAAGACCUGUUUGGGAUAACUACAAAGAGAAGGUAGCAAAGAAGAGAAUGCGGAAAGGGGAAGAAAAAGGAGCAACUGGUCCAAAAGGUGGGCUGACUGUUCAGCAUUUGUCGGCGAACGUGGAGGGCAAAUGCCAAAAGUAUUCGCGCAUCAGGCCUUUGACAUUAGUUCCCUGUGAGAAAGAACUGACAAAUACGAUCUGGAAAAUAUCAAAGCUGCGUGUAAGGUACACUUCAAAACGGAAUUGGAAUGUGAUGUGCUUGCUGGAGAACAUGGUCCUUCCUUUACCGAGUCAGGACAAAUCCAGAACUGGAAAGUUUUGCAUGUGCGCUUCGUGGAAAUUCUCGAACACCCCACAAACGAAAAGUCUCGAACACAAACAGCAAGCAAACAGCCAAGACCCCAAAGCGAGCCAGCAACCGGAAACCCCCCCAAGAAGCUCUUUCCAACAUCCGCAUUCGAGGCAGACAACAUCUGUCAGUGUCAGACCAUCACCAUCUGUUGUGCGUUCAGUAUCACUAAGUCAGAUGCUGAAAUUGGGCAAAGUCAUCGUCCCAGAUAUUGAUGUGGUAACUCUUCGGCUUGAAGAGUUUUGCAUCUCAAGAAUGGAGUGGUUGGAACCUUUUGAGGUGUCACUUUUAUUGGAAAGAAAACCACUUGCCAAUGGGGCAUUCCAUGAAGCGUUUUUGGCAAAAUCCAUUGCAGGUGUGCCUAAAGGAAAGUAUGUCCUUAAGAAAUAUUUGGAGGGAGAGAAAAAGGAAUCGAGGCACUGUUUCAAUCCAUAG